AUGAUCAGAAAGAUUAUGGCUUUAGUGAAGCAGAGGAACGAACAUUUAGAUGGCGAAAUGAAAAUUGAGGGACUUGUCUCUUUGAGAAGAUACACCUACAGAGACAUCAAGAGGAUGACCAACUAUUUCGAAGAGAAGUUGGGUCAGGGAGGCUAUGGUUGUGUGUACAAAGGCAAGCUUCAAGAUGGUCAACUUGUGGCGGUGAAGCUUCUAAAGAAGCUGAAAGGCGACGCCGAAGAAUUUUUCAAUGAAGUUGUGAGCAUUAGCAGGACUUCUCAUGUCAAUGUUGUCAGCCUCCUGGGGUUCUGUUUUGAAGGAAGUAAAAGAGCUUUAAUCUAUGAGUUCAUGCCCAAUGGAUCCCUUGAGAAGUUCAUCUUUAACAGGAGUAACGCAUUGGAGGUAGAUCAACUACUGAGUUGGGACACUUUGUAUCAGAUUUCCCUUGGCAUAGCUCACGGGCUAGAGUACUUGCAUAGAGGCUGCAACACAAGGAUCUUGCACUUCGACAUAAAGCCCCACAACAUUCUUCUUGACGCAAACUAUUGUCCCAAGAUUUCCGACUUUGGUCUUGCCAAAAUAUGCCCAAGAGAAGAGAGCAUCGUGUCAUUUCUUGGUGCCCGAGGCACCGUUGGAUACAUUGCUCCGGAGCUGAUCAUAAGGAACAUCGGGGUGGUUACUCACAAAUCAGAUGUGUAUAGCUACGGCAUGAUGGUUCUUGAGAUGGUCGGCAAGAGGAAAAAUGUUGAAGUCGCAGUAGAUCGAACUAGCGAAACAUACUUCCCUCAUUGGGUCCACCGACGCCUGGAGCUUCAAGAAGAGCUUGGGCUGCGCGGGAUCACAAAUGAGGAGGACAAAGUAAUCGCGAAGAAGAUGAUUGUAAUAGGCUUAUGGUGCAUUCAGAUCGAUCCGAGAGCUCGGCCAUGUAUGACGCAAGUUGUGGAGAUGCUAAAAGGAAGUGUUGACGCCUUGCAAAUUCCUCCCAAGCCAUCCUUGUCAUCACCCUCAAGAUCGCUCGUAGCUUGUCCAUGUGAAAGUUCAUCUCUACAAGAGAACAAUGAUUCAAGUAGGAGUUAUUCAAUAUCAAUUAUAUGA